CAAAAACAAUUUGUUCUAACAAAAAAUAUUCUAGAAAAAGCAUAUGUGUAUAUAUGCGUUUUGAAUGAAAAUAAAGUCGCUUCCUUCACGAAGAUUUUUCACCAGUAGGCGUACCAGAGCAUCUGUUACAAAUAUCAAAACUGACUAAUUGCCUCUCAGAUAGUCGGCGUUGAAAGACACUUGUUGCUCUUUUAUUUCAUUUAUUUCCUCCCAGUCAGUGGACAAGUGCGUUCGUAGUCUUAAUCGAAUGAAAACAAUUAAAAAUUUCAAUUCGCCAAUUAAAAGUGGAAUUAAUACGACAGAAAUUUGUGUCGGCUUGAACUACAGUAUGGAAUUUUUGCAGUUUCCUAGUCAAAUGAGUGAACAUAAUUUCAGAAAUAUGCAACAAGGAAAGCGAAAAAAGUCGUGUCAUUUUGUUGAAGGUUUCGAAGACUUUUUGGCACCAGUAAAACAGAGAAGUCAAGCGAACGCGAGGGAGAGAGAUAGAACACACAGGAGGACAAUUCUAACCGAAGACUUCGAAUGUACAAAUUAUGAAGGACAGAUUUUCCUGGCAGCAAAAUCUCCAAAUAUUAACACGAAUAUAAUGAUCAAUGAUGACAUACAAAAUAUUUAUUACUGAGUGAGAUACAUGUUAUAUUUUGCCAAAGUAGAGUUACUUUUAAUUUAAAUUUCAUACAAAACAUUAUGACUUACCACUAAUUUUUGUUCAACUUUUAUUCUGUACUUAACCUUUUGGUAUCAGAUACAUUGUAGUCUAUUUUGUUUGAAAUAACAAACGAAACUAUCAAUUGUUAAAUGUAUUUUAAGAGUCAUUAAGUUCAUUUUGAAAUGAGCUAACAAUAUAUUACAGUUCAAUAAAAAUAUAUAAAUUAG